AUGAACGAUUUUGUCAACGCCAACAACUGGUACGUGCCGCCGUCGCCCGGCCCUAAUGCAACGCCUAGUUCGGGGUUGCCUACCAACAUGGAAAUAACAUCGCCAGUUAGCACUGAUGAGUAUGAAAUCAGUGAUAUAGAGCCCGCUGUAGGGAGGGGCAAGGGCAAGGUUGCAGAUGAUGAGGGGCCGAAGAAUUAUAGUCCGCAGGAGACAUUGUGGUUGGCCAAGAACUUCAUCGACGUCUCCGAGGAUCCUAUCAUUGGCAACCAGCAGAGCGGCAAAGUGUUCUGGGAGCGGAUUGCGGAGAAGUACAACGCUGGUCGUCCUAGAGGGUCGUUCGAGCGUAGCUACGUGAAGCUACGCAAGCAUUGGAGUCGGGUCCAGAAGGAGAUGAACAAGUGGAAUGGCAAGUGGACCAACGUAAUCCGGAUGUGGCCGAGUGGGCACAGCGAGCUGGACCUCGUGGAGAAGGCCAGGGCGGAGUUCUUCAAGUACUUCGACGUUUGGAAGAUUGUUGAGAAGAGCCCGAAGUAUACAGAUGACGACGUCUUCCUCUCAUCCCCUAGCACUCAAAGCCGUCCGAUGGGAACAACGAUGGCAAAGAGGAAAGCGAAGGGGAAGGCAACUGCGAGCUACUCCGCUAUGCCUCCACCACUGCCCAAUCAGUCUUUGGAUAAGAUCUCCGACUCUAUGUCGGAGAUGAGUAUUACCUGGCGGAUGAGCCAGCUGACGGAGUUGACAUCGAGGAAUACCUCGACAAUGUCGGAGUUCGAUCUCGAAUUGCACCAUGAGAUGAUCGUCUACCUUCGCACACAAAUGAAGAAGUAG